AUGGGUAAGACCCUUUUCAACAGCGCCGAAAAUAAUGACGCAUCCUCCUCCAGAAGCAGUACUCGCCGCGUAGGCAAACGUGGUGGUAGGACAGCUUGCGACCAAUGCAAGUUCCGUAAGAUCAAGUGCAGCCUCUCCAAUCCAUGCACUAGCUGCGAACGCCAAGAUCUGAGGUGCACGUACAACACGCCCAGGCGUAAGCGCGCCAUAGGCAAGGGUGCCAGGAUUCUCGAAAUCAAGAAAUCGCAGAAGCAGAGCGAGAGUGACGAGAGCCACAUCUCGCCCGAUAGCCGUGAACUCGCGAACUCCCGGAGCCCCGAACAGGGCCUUCACAGGCCGUUGCCCAGCUCGGCCUGCUCUGUCAGCGCUGGCAAUCAGCUUCUCGAACCACCGGGUGGCUUCUCUCUCCAGGCCGGCACCGCCAACCCCCCUUCUGCAGCUAUCUACAUGCCCGGUGUGGUUCUAGAGAGCUCUACACACCGGCUGGCAGUGGACGACGAGUACUGGUUACCAAAUAUACCCCCAAACCAGCAUCUCCCGUGUCCUGGAAAUCAUGAUGAUUUCGCAUUCGGGGACGACGGCAGCACCGUGCCAUGGGGGAUGUACCCCGACAGCCUGCUUGAGCCUCCAUGGCAGCCCCAUACCGCUGAGCCGUACCAAGACUUCCCCGCUACUGACGAACAUGACGAACAGUGGGAGCAGCGGCAGUCACGGCAAUCGCCAGUUGGCGUCCCGGCGACUGAUGCCCGGUUGAUGGUUUCGGGAGCAGCCGGCGGCGAGCCCUCGAUGCCGCCCUCGGUGUGGCCUUCAUCCGUGACGGAGGAGAAUCUCCUACCGUGGAUAGACAUCUUCUUCGCACGUCUCGGGUCAACUCUCCCAGUGCUGGAUCAGCUAUCCUGCUACCGGCGGAUCAUCCUCAAGGAGCACCGUUCCAAUCCCCAGCUCGCCUCGCUGCUCCUCUCACUUUCUGCCGUGUCGUUGACACAGCCGGUCUGGAUGCAGGAGCGUGAGUCGUCUUCGUCUCGGCGAAAUCAGGCCAACCUGCUCAUGAUGGAAGCGGUCAGAUUGCGGAGCACGCCCGACUUUGGAGAGAGUCCAACGCUGGACACUCUAUUGACCAGCUUCUUCCUGUUCGCCUGUCUCUACGGUAGCAAUCAACACAAUGCCGCUUGGCUACGUUUGAAAGAGGCCGUGGACAUUGCUGUAACCAUGGGGCUCAACAUAAGUGAGGGAUAUGAUGGGCUCAGGGAGGACCAGAAGCUUCAGAGAUUCAAAAUCUACUUGAUUCUAGUCAUCACUGAAAGGAGCUACGCAUUACAGCGGGACCACCCUAUUGAGUUUGCCACGAGCCCAUUAUCCGCCCCGCGAGGCGUGGGUGCAGGAUCAUCAGCGGGUGUAUCGCGAACAAGAAAUCCAGCGGCGCGCAGGAAGCAGGCCUUGCCUAUAAACGUGGAAACAUUGCCCGAUGAGGUGAAGGGGAUAAUGAAGAUGUACACAAUCUAUGAAUUAGUUGACGAGAAUAUCGCCGUCUGCUGGAGCCGCCAAUGUGGUGUGUCAACGGGAACCUGCCACAAGUUCGACCGUCUGUGUGCAGUGUCGCGGCAGUCAAGUCUCCGCCAUUACAUGGAACUAUCGAAAACUUGCGACGGAGUGCCAGACUCUCCUACAACCAGAAGGCAUCGAUUUUCGACGGGAUAUAACCGUCUCCAGGAAAUCCAGCGGACAGAUUACUUUGUAUCGCAUAGGUGGCUUGCCACCCGGCUAUGGCUCAUCAGCUUGUCUCACGGCCUGUUGGAGGCCGAUUCCGAGUAUCCGGAACUUAGCUUCGGCUACGCCAUGAGUAUAGCGGAAGACGCAUUUGAGCUAUGUCAAGGGUUCAGCCUAGACUCAAUGGAAGCUCACGGUAUCGGCUUAGUAUGUUAUGCUCUGUGCUGA